UAAUAUAGAGAUUUGAAUAAACUCAUAAUAAAUGCAUGAGCUUUUAUUUUUUGAAAAAUUGUGAAUUUUAUUCAAUGCAAAAAAAAAAACAUCUGAAUUAAUGAAUAUGCGGAAGUUUCAAAAGAGAAAACUCUGGUAAGAGAACGCCAGCCACGAUGUGAGAGAAAACCAACCACGAUGUAAAACUUGAGGAGAACAUAAAAACAAAAAUGAAGUAAUAAUUUUAAAGAACAAAAUGGGUGAAUCAAGGCUUUCAAAUGGAUGGCUAUAUCAGGCAGCUUAUCAGGAAGUUCCAUCUCUGUUUCAGAAGUCAUUGGAUUUAACAUUAGCUCUAAUAGAUGUUUCCAAAGCUGUUCGGCAAGCAGCAGAUGCGUCUGAUAAUUUAUUUCAACAAUGUUUUGCACCAAGACAGGUGAUAAAUACAGUGCCUAACACCAUAACGAAAGAGGCGGGUACUCUGUUCGUUUCUGUUACUACAUCACUUGCGAAGGAUGGAACAUUUUGGUGCAAAUACUGGUCUUCACAAGACUCUCUCCAUUGCGACAAGCUCAAAGAGAUUAGUGAUAAGCUUAGUGUGUCUAACAAAGAAGAAAUUUCUAUUAAUGCAGCAACAGAUGCACAAUUAAACAAACCCAUGUUUGUGUAUUCUACUACUCAUAAUUUAUAUGUCAGGGUGGCUGUGGUGAAGUAUACGUUGCCAUCAGAACAGGUUUCUGUUCGAUACCUGGAUUAUGGAGUUGUCGGGGAAAUACCACUAAACACAAAUUUCUAUAUGAUUCCAAAAGGCAAUGAAGAGCAACAACCCUUCUUAAGUAUGUACUGUGCUCUGUCAGAUGAUGAAACGCUUGCACUACCAUAUGAGGCCAAAUGGAGGUUUCGUGAUUUGACAUGUAAUCAAGUACUAAUGGCUCGGGUCGUGAAAAAGGUCAAUCGAAACUCGUUAUGCUGUAGUGUAUUGGAAAUGAAAUCCCUUCUUGGGGAAGAAUUUAACAUCAACGAGCAAGUGAUGGAGAAAGUGCAAGAUCAUCAACAAGAAGUGACAGAAACUACCGCUUCCAAAAAGAAAAAAAAUGACGACGUUAUCUUUGCCAAGCCACACCCGCUUGUAGCGACAAUUGAACCUGUGAAGCAACCAGAAUGUAAACAGAAAGAACGCAAUAGAUCAAGAUCAUCCGAUCCAUCGGUCUGUCGAAACAAACGGAACAAAGAAAGUCGAAGUCAAACUAAUAGCAGGCCGACGAGUCCAGAAUUUGUGAUGGGACAGAAAGGUAAAGCGUCACGUUCCAGUAGUUUGACCACAAUAAGUCGUGUGGGAAAAUGCGAAGUCAUGUCGCGAAGUACAGAUUCCUUGGUUGUUUCCAAAUCCAUGCAAAAAAAACUUUCAUAUAAAGAUGUGGAUUUGUCGUCUGCCAGUGGUAAAAAGAAAGUCAGCAUUGACAAAAAAGAAAACAUAACAGCUGUAGAAGAGUUAUUAGCUGCUUGCUUGUCUUCGGAAGAUGUUACCUGCAGGGAGACAGCAGGGAAUGAAAAUAGUGAAAGGAGUGAUUCAGAUAGCAUCGUUAGUCCACCAGCUGUCAAUGACACUUCUAAUGGAUUUCAGACGUCCUCAGAAAUUAUCAAUUCUCCUGAUGAGCCUCACAUUACUGUUGGCGAAAAGUCACCUGUUAACGGCGAUGUUAAUGAAACUUCUGAGAACAGUAACGACAAGGUGAAGCAAGUCAAUGGUAUUGAUGGUAAAGAAAACAUAGAUAGUGGUGCUAAGAAAGAGAGCAAAUCUAGAAGUGACCCAUAUUGGGUAGAUUCGAUUCCUAUUGCUGACCGUCGGAAUGUAGUGAAGCUGUUGCCUCCGGUUGCGAACUUGUUCUACACUGCUACCAAGUUAUGGGAUCGUUGUUGGCAAGAUAUAGAAUUGUUGAAUGUGCAACGCCUCUUGCAGUCUCGAGCUGUCAUACAAUUUUUCUUACACGAUACAUACUUGCAUCGGUUUUAUGAUUCUUUUAAAGAUGGUAUUCUCCAUGUGUCGGGUGAUACAAGCAUUCUGUUCUCUCAACAGAAAACAUCGCGCUACUUGAUAUUUCGGGACCAUUACAAAAAGACUUUCUUAGGAAUGGCAAAGAUUGAAGGUAGUACUAGCAACUUCAACAACCCGCAAGAGUGGCCUGUUACAUAUCUGUGUCUAUCGGCGACCUUCCUGACGCCUCGUAAGUGGAGAAAAAACAUUCAUAAGCCAUUAACUUUGAUCGAAUUGAGAGAUGCCAAAAGCAUGGUGCAGUAUUUGAGAGAUUCCAUCAAAAGUGGGCGAACGAAGCCGUUGUUUCCUGACGUAUACCCUUGGUCCGGUGUUCCACCGUUAUUGGACGAAAUAGUGAAACCGGAUAAGACUAAAAAGAAAGAAAUCCCAUCGUUGUUUUCAUUCGAACUCUUUCAAUCCAACAACUCACCCAAAGAAUCUUGGGAUGACGAAGAACAAGAAGAAGACACAACACCUUCUGGAUAUGCUGCGAAAGGUGUAACCCCCGAUCUCAUCACUACUACUACUGCGUUGCUAGGUGAUCCUGUACCUUCCUCAGAUGUAACUGAUGGCACGACUAUUUCAUCGUGUGCAAGUGAGAAAGCAUUACCAAUCGGUCCACAGGAAGAAGUCCAGAAAGAAAUCCCACCUGAGGAUGGCGCAACAAGGAUGAAUUUUCAACCUAAAAGAAUCCUUCAAAGAUAUGAUGGUGUUGAAGCGGAAGAAAAGGGACUAGCUGGAAUCGAGGCUCUUCAUGUUAAAUCUGAAAAUGCGGAGGGAAGUGAAAGUUGUGAGAAUUUACCACAAAAAAUCUCUCCUGUUCCAAGGGAGAUCACUCUAAGGAAGCAUAUAUGUGGUGGGUAUUACGACGAGACAGGCAUGUGGUAUCCCAGUGUCGAUGCAGCCAAAAUUAUUCCAGUGCGUAAAUUAUCGGAACACAACAUAGAUCAGAAUGAGAAUCUAGUUUCACCAGAUAUUUUGCAUCAAAAUGACGAGCCUACUGAAGAGCAGAAUAAAACAGUAGCGCCAAAUACCAUGCUUCAAAACCACGUGACUGUCAUUGACGAGGAUGAAGAUUUCGAGAAAAGCGAUAUGGAGAAUAUUGAAAAAAGCAUCGAACGACUGAUUGAGUCGCCGACGUUCGCGUCUUACUCUGAUGACAAUGAACAUGAGGUGGAAGAAAACCAGAGAUUGGAAAGAAACUGUGACGUAUUUGGAGUGGCAAAAGAAGAUUUGGAAGACGUGCACUAAAAACAGUGAAAAACAAAAAUUAAAAAAUUUGGAUGGGAAGGUUGUGUUUCUAUAUUUCUAUUCUAUUCUGUUUAUUUUUAUUUUUUUAUUUACAUUUUUUAAUUUUUCCAAUUUUCUUUCGUUUGUUCUACUUUUAUAUACUCGUGUUAUUUGCUGGUUUUUUUUUUACUAAACAGCCUGCAAACCGUAGUUUUGUUGUGAUCAUCCUCGUUAAAAUUCAACUGAUUAUCCACUGUCCAAAUCUCAACCUUUACCCACCAUGUGACCAUGCCCUGUCCCUGAUUUAUUUAGUUUCUUUUUUAAGAAUAAACUAAAUAACGUAUUCCAUACCCCAUGCAGCUACCCAAAUGUAGUUAAUUACAGUUCUCGCUUCUUGCGCCCCUUUUUACUGCACUUCUCAGCAGCCGCCAUACUUUGGAUGCUAUUUUUUGUCAUGUCUUCUAAAGACAUUUUUUUAUAAGUAUCUAGCGUGAAAAAAGAAAGUUGAUAUUUUGUUGUGUAGAUUUCUAUGGAUUAUAUUUAUAUAGAGAAAUAUUUAUUUAGAAAUAAUAGAGAGAUUUUUUUGUUGUUAUUUAGACUUUAUUCGCAUGUUGUUUAUAUAUUUAUAUAUAUAUUUUCCAUAUCUUUGAGUUGUUUACGUACUUUUGAAAGUAUCAUGAAAAUAAUUGUUUAUGAUUUCUUAACAA